AUGAAGCCUGUUUAUGCCUUGACGUUGUGCCUGGGCGUCACUGAUGCUGUGGUGUUACCAGUCUUCUCAGCUCCCAAGGGUGGCUAUGCACUUCCUCGACCUGAUUCAGAUGAUACAACCGAUUCUUCAAAGUCUGCGGCAGGAUCAAAGACAAAUUCGGAUUCCAUGUUUCCAGUCUUUGGAAAGACAAAGCCAAAGACUGGGUUCCCUGCUUCUGCCUUGUCGCGAAGACUUGCCAGGGUUGAACAGACCUAUGGCUCUGAUGAGGAGUCUACAGUUGAUACGCCUACGGAUCCAUCUGAUGCCACUCCAUCAAGUUCGUCUGAUGAUACUCCCUCAGGUUCUUCAGAUGACACGGAUGAGGUGUAUGCUGAGCCAUUCAUGCAACCGACUUAUGUCCGCUUUGGCCCAGCUCCUGUUGAUAAGCCAGAAGCAGCCCCCAAGGCCCAGUCAAAGUCUAAGGAUACUGCGAGUGUAGCCAAGCAUGGAAGUGACGAUGACUCCAGCUCUGGCGGCCACAAGCAAAAGGGCAAGGAUAAGAACAAGGGGAAAGAUGGCAAGGGAAGGCACAACGGCGAUGAUGACGCUACAAAGUCUCGCAACAAGCCUGAGGAUUCACCAAAGACAUCUUCCAGCAGUGUAACAGAUUCAGUAUCUGUUACUUCGACCAGCACCACUGCACCUACGAGCUCGCCUGCAAGCGAUGACAAGGGCAAAGGCAAGGGAAAAGGAAAGGGGAAGGGCAAAGAUGACGGUGGUAGGCAUAACGGAGAUGACGAUGCUACCAAGUCCCGCACCAAGACUGAUGAUUCCAAGACUCGAUCAUCGGCUUCACCAACGGCUACUCCGGCGUCUAAGAAGGGAAGUUCUGGAAAGCAUAAUGGUGAUGACGAUGCUGGAAAGUCACGAUCCAAAGCUGAGGACUCCAAUACCAACUCUAAGAAGAGCUCCAAGAAGGGUCCCAAAGACGACUCCAAGUCCAAGCCCUCCAAGAAAUCCUUCAUCACACAUCAAUCUGGCUCAACAUUCGAUCCCAAAAGCGCCAAAGGCGGCGGCAAAAACGGCCCCGGCUACAGUUCUUCUUUCGACAUCCCCAAGCUCAACAAAGGCUACAUCCAAGCCAUCCCCCCCAAAGCCAGCACCAUCAACAACAAGUUUAGCUCGCGAGUAAAACCCCGUCCCCAACUCGACACAGAAAAGGUCCGUCCCAUUUCCUCCUCCCUCCACAAGAGAAAUGAAAAUGUACUGAGUCUCCGUGCAGCCGCGCCCUUCAACAGCGCCGCGAUCGACCGCUCAAAGUGGUCAGUGACGUGUGAUAGCGUGCAUGAGGGGGAUGCGUGUAAGAAUGCUAUCGAUGGGAAGGAUGAUACUAUCUGGCAUACCCAGUGGGAGAGUAGUGAACCUGCGCCGCCGCAUAGUAUUACUGUUGAUAUGAAGAAGAGCUAUAACGUCAAUGGUAUUUCUAUGCUGCCGAGACAGGAUGGCUCGCAGAAUGGGUAUAUUGCGCAGCAUCAGGUUCUCUUGAGCAAGGAUGGAAAGGCCUGGGGUUCACCUGUGGCGUAUGGGAAUUGGUACAACGACUGGACUGUCAAGUAUGCCAAUUUCGAUACACAGCCUGCACGAUAUAUCAGGCUCGUUGCUCUCACUGAGGCGAAUGGUAAUCCUUGGACAAGCAUUGCAGAACUCAACGUCUUCCAAGCGAACGACUACGUUCCUCCUCAGGCGUCAAUUGGCGCUUGGGGUCCUACCAUCAACUUCCCCAUCAUCCCCGUCGCUGGAACCGUUGAUCCCAACACUGGCAGAGUCCUCGUCUGGUCCUCUUGGGCUCGAGAUACCAUGUCCGGUGGUCCCGGUGGUUUAACUCUCACUUCAACUUGGGACCCAGCAACUGGCCAAGUUGCAGAGCGUCAAGUCACAGAGACAAACCACGACAUGUUCUGCCCCGGCAUUUCCCUCGACGGAAACGGUCAACUCGUCGUUACGGGCGGUAACAGCGCUGAGCGCACAAGUCUCUUCGACCCCGUCAAACAAGUCUGGGUAUCCGGUCCCAACAUGCAAGUCGCACGCGGGUAUCAAUCCUCCGCUACGACCUCCACCGGCAAAGUCUUCACCAUCGGAGGAUCCUGGAGCGGCGGCGAGUCUUUCAAGAACGGAGAAGUUUACGAUCAGAAGAAGAAGACCUGGACACUGCUUAACAAAGCUGAUGUUCAAAAGAUGCUCACGGAUGAUGCGCAAGGCUUGUUCCGCUCUGAUAACCAUGCUUGGCUGUUUGGUUGGAAGAGCGGCACUGUGUUCCAAGCUGGACCGAGUAAGAACAUGAAUUGGUAUUACACUGAGAAGAAGAAUGGCGAUGUCAAAACGGCGGGGCAGAGAGGUUCUGAUCGUGGUGUUGCGCCUGAUGCUAUGUGUGGUAACGCCAUCAUGUUUGACGCUGUCAAGGGCAAGAUCCUGACUCAUGGUGGAACUCCGAAUUAUCAGGAUUCGGAUGCUACUACUGAUGCUCACAUCAUCACCGUCGGAAAUCCUGGUACGAACGCUUCUGUUUCUUACGCCAGUGAGGGUCUGUUCUUCCCUCGUGUUUUCCACAGCUCUGUUGUUCUUCCCAACGGCAACGUCUUUAUCACGGGUGGUCAGCAAUACGCCAUCCCCUUUGAAGACUCAACGCCCCAGCUUCAACCUGAGAUGUACUAUCCCGAAAAAGAUGGGUUUGAGCUCAUGAAGCCCAAUAACAUCGUAAGGACAUAUCACAGCAUCGCUCUCCUCCUCCCCGACGGACGAGUCUUCAACGGCGGCGGCGGUCUCUGCGGCGGCUGUGACACAAACCACUUCGACGCUCAACUCUACACCCCUCCCUAUCUAUACGACUCAAAGGGCAAGUUAGCCACACGCCCUAAGAUAACUUCCGUGUCUGUGUCUACCAUCAAGGUUGGAGGAACAGUUACUAUUCAAACGGGCGGAGCUAUUGUGCAAGCUUCACUGGUGCGGUACGGAACGGCAACGCAUACUGUUAACAGUGACCAACGGCGUGUUCCCCUGGUGUUGACUAACGCAGGAAAGAAUUCGUAUUCGUUUCAGGUACCUAGUGAUCCUGGUGUUGCGCUGCCAGGAUAUUGGAUGUUGUUUGUCAUGGAUAAGAAUGGCGUGCCGAGUGUGGCUUCUACGAUCAAGGUCACUGAGGUCGAUUAUUCAACUAGAAUCCUGCGCGAUCUUAACAUCAUUUUCUUCGGCAAAGAACACCCUCAGAAAUCCGACAAGAACGGUGUUCGGAUAGAGAUGCUUGUAUCUGAACAUCACCUCGAUCUUGCUGCCGACCUUGGCAAUAAUUACUCAAGAGGUGCCCGCCCAUCGAUCCUAGAAACAUCUGACCAUGGCUGGGACGCGAUAGCGCUGUCCACACUCCUCAACAUCAUUCACAGCCGUCAUGAUAAGGUACCCCGAAGCAUAGAUCUCGAGCUCUUCGCCAAGAUCGCCGUCAUAACGGAUUACUUCGAAUGUGCCGACGCGCUGGCUAUGGCAGCCGAAAUUUGGCGCUCCAAGAUUUACGAUUACGAGACCGUUGAUAAGUUGGAUAGCACCUGUCUGAUGUGGUUUUAUAUCUCCUGGGUAUUCUCUUGGCCAGAAAUGUUCAAGUCGACAAAACAACUGGUCGUCAUGAACUAUCAAGGCCCGGAGAACUUUGAGCUGAAUGGCCUCCCUCCACAAGGAUUCCUCGAAAAGUUGGACGAAUUGAGACCAGAAAAGAUCGAAAAGAUUCUCUCAAAACUGGAUGGGUUCAGAGAUCAGCUACUGGUUGAAGAGGGCUGUCCUAAAGCGGAAAACGUUCAGUGCAGCAUGAUGACACUUGGGUACGUGAGGAAACUGAAAGACCGACUCGGAAAGCUGGAUCCUCCCUUUCAUCACAUUUGGUCCAAGCCCGAAGCAAAGCAGAUCACCCCGACAGUACCAGCACCCGAACCAAUUCCACAACCAAGAACAGAACCGUCCGUGACGGGUGAAGAGGACUACGAUGAGGAGGAAGAUGAUUUCACGAUCAAGAUGAGAACCUUGGACAGCUUGUUCUACGGGACAACUGAUCCCCAGGAGGAAGAUAAAGAAGUCGAGAUUCGAAUGCGCGUGUCCAGCUACCAUCUGUCUCUUGCAUCUCCAGUCCUCUCUUCACAGCUGGAAGUGUCUCGUUCACAGCCGACAACGCGCGCUCGUCGACCAGCCAACGACAUAUACCUCACGGGAUGGGAUGCAAAGGCUUUGGCCACCGUAUUAAACAUCAUUCACGGUAAAAACUUUCAAGUACCUCGAACUGUUGAUUUCGACUUUUUUUACACACGUUGCCGCUAUCGUCCAUCACUUCCAAUGUGUCGAAGCAGCACAACUCUUGUCCGAGUUAUGGCUCGCAAGUUUCGAAAAAGAUGA